UCAAAAAUGUAUACUAAUGCUUUGAAUAGCCAAUGGAACUAUUCAUUGCGAAGAAAGUCACCCCUCAUGACAUCAAGAAUGCUGGUGCAUGGGACAAGGCAGUCGAAGCUCGCGACAUCUUGGUGCAGACAAACAUGCAAGAAUUCCUCGAAAACGCUGCAGGUCCGGCCCAUAAAGCAAAAAAGGGGCUGGUAUACACAUUUGGGUUCAUGGUGGAACCGAACAACCGUCCUGGCAGUUUGCACGUCUCGAAAUUGUCAAAGCUCGACGAUCCACGCAUCCACCGAAGCACGGAACUCCUAGCCAGUGCUGCACAAAUGAUUUUUAGAGGGAAUUCCGGGCGCAUAUACGGAAGCACAUAAGAAGAUGUGGGCUGGAGAAGGAUGGUUGUGUUGUGGUAGCGAGAACAACAAGUCGUUCUCCUCUAUUCAGAUCAACUUUACACCAAUCAACCUGACAUCAAUCGAAUCUCUUAAGGGAAGAGGCGAGAUACACGAUGACCGCAGCGAUGACCGGGCGUGCCCUUCCGUCAUGUUCGCACUUCACAAUGUGCCUUCAGGAUGGUUUCCAGGAAGAUUUUCCCUCACCAACUUUCGACUGACGAUGACCGCCGAGCCAUUCACAGCCAUUGCAUUCUCGGGCGUCUUCCCGCACACUGGUAGCGGCCUUGGUCCAUACCCAGCAGGCAUACCAGAAGACUCGCCAUUCCGAUGCCAGCCAUUCCCAGGUAUCACAUACCCAGCACUACCGGAGGGGGCUGGAGAUUUCCGACUUGCUGCGGUCGUCUACCCAGGUUCAGCCAUGCACAGAGUCCGCGACGGAAUGACCGCCCGUUCCGUCACCCGCACCUUGAAUGGACAUGGUUCCUUGCUCAACCAUCUGCAAUGGCAAAUGCUGUCCGCGAUUCGAGCAGAGAGGAAGCUUAUGGAGGAAAGAAUCGGAAUUACGGAAGCAUACGAGUACAUGAGCAAGACAGGAAAUCCGGCACAGUGGGUCAGCAAGUACUCGAUGAUCGAUGAUACGACCGGGCUCAUGGUCGCACCGUCCAUCCAAGCUGUCGUGAUGCGCUGGACUUCAGUCCAGCGGACAGGGAAACGUGGUCGGACCUUCACAAGGCUUCCUUGUAUCAUUCGGCAAAGCCUCCUCCACAUGGAGAACCAGGAGACUCUCAUGGUGUGUCACCGGCGAGGCGGGUUGCUAAGGAGGAACGCAAGAAUGCUGCACUUUGUGGUAUGAUGCAGAACAAUGGGAAGGAGUGCACGCGUCCGGUGAAGAGCGGUGGUGUUUGUGGGGUACACGCGCGGGAUGCACUGGUGAUGGAUGAGGACAUGAUGGAUGAGGAAAUGUGAGGGGGAAAACCCGACAAGUCGCGACAUUGAAAAACAAGAAAGUGUGGCCUAGCAAUGGACUUUAUGAUAGCACAAAAAAAA